GUGGCUGCGCGGGCUGAGCCCCCCUUCCACAAGUAAACUGUAUGCAAAAACCCCACAUGAUCGAGCAGCAGCUCCCGUGCUCCGAGCCGACAGCCCGCACCUCGACCUCCUCCUCGCCUCCUACCCUCCAGCACACCGGCGCCAGCUCCCGCCUCGGACACACGCGCGUGCAUAUAUGUAUGCGUGCGUACCUCCGCGCACCACGUUCCGCCCGCUGCGGCUGCCUCGGCUGCGCACACGCGUGCACCUCGGCAGCGCAUCGCGCCAGUCUCCGAACGGUUCCAGGUUGCUGAUGUCGGAUUUACACGCAGUGCAAGGACCGGUCAUUGCAAAAGGGGGCGUGACUGUUUAAAGGGGGGUUUUCCCCCUCCCAUAAAGCAAUUUUUUUUCCUUUUUUUUUCCCCAAAAACUGACUUUUGGCCCUCUAAUCCUCGUCGCUCUUUAAGAUCCUUCCCUGCCUGCCGCCGCAUUUAAGUUUAUUUAUUUGCCUGCUGCCGUGAAGUUGAUGUUCCUGGGACUGGACGCUGCUUUAUCACAGAGAGGUUCCGGGAGCCUGAAGGAAAUUUCCGUACGCCGCCGUAUCACUCCGUUCGUACGCCUAGCAGGAGAGGCAAGACAAGACCAGCACCAUCAGAGGAGUUUGCAGGCUUGAUUUUGUACUCCGAGGUUCUGCUUCUUUUCCACGCCCUCUCAUAAAACAGAUUUUUUUUUUCAUUUCCAUCUCCUUGGCUUCCACGCCGCAGUAUUUCUUGGAUUGGCCGGUUUUUUUUUUUUUAGGUUUUUUUUUUCCUACCCCACUCUAUUUUUUUUUCCUUCCUUUUAUUUUUUUCUUCCUUCCGCCUUCGCUGUUCCUCAGCCCUUGGUGCAUCCACCGCCCAGGAACAGGAAGGACAAGAAACCAGUCCACAAAGUCUUCAAGACACGCUCUGUGCUGCAGAACAGGCUCCCCAACUCCCUCAGCGCAGCAAACAAACUCCUCAGGGCUUUUGCUUCUUGCACCCUCCCCCUCCCCCUUUUUUUUUAUUUUAUUGUUUGUUUUUCAUUUGCUGAGGGGCAGGAAGGAAAACAUAAACUUUGUACUUUAAGAUCUGCUGGUACUUCUCGCCCCUCUGCCAGCCUUUAAUACACUGCCAGGACUCCCCGUGGGCUUGCAGGGUAAAGAUCUUCCCUUUCCCUCCUCCCCUCUCUCCCCCCCGCUCUCUCGCACGCUCCCCCCCGGGCGUCCCCCGAGCCGCGGGGCCGCUCGCAGGGGGCUGAGGAGCGGCGCCUCUUCGCCCGCCGCGCCGGCGGCCGAUAUAUGUCGUGCCGUGGAUUCCGUGCGGGACUCCUGGUGAAUGAGCAUCGCCCGCCUCUUGCCGCCGCCAGCCUUGGCCCCCACCAUCCCCAGCAGGGUUGAGGCUCGCUGAGGAACCGCGGAUCGCGCCUCCCUUACGGCUGUCCGUCUGCAGCGGCAGGCGCUCGGUGCGGAGCCGGCCCGCCUCUUGCUCACCGCUUUUUAUAUAUACACCCCGCCGGCUCCAGCGCCCCGGCUCGGUCCCGGCUGCGCCCUCGCCGCUUGCUUUUAUUUUUGUUUGGUUUUAUCACCCCCUCUUUCUCCAUCUCUCCGCAUCCCGCCUAGCCGCGAUGUCGCACGUGGAGAUGCUGCUGUUGGCGGCCGCGGCGCUGUGGGUGUGCGUGCGCGGGCAGGAGCCCGGCGCCAAGGCGGUGGCCGACCGCUACGCCGUGUACUGGAACAGCACCAACCCCAGAUUCCAGCGGGGCGACUACCACAUCGAUGUCUGCAUCAAUGACUACCUGGAUGUGUUCUGCCCUCACUACGAAGAUUCAGUUCCGGAAGAUAAGACCGAACGCUAUGUUCUGUACAUGGUGAACUUUGAUGGCUACAGCUCCUGCGAUCAUACCUCCAAAGGGUUCAAGAGGUGGGAAUGUAAUCGGCCGCAUUCCCCAAAUGGACCUUUGAAGUUCUCGGAAAAGUUCCAGCUCUUCACACCCUUCUCUCUAGGAUUUGAGUUCAGGCCAGGCCGGGAAUAUUUCUACAUCUCUUCUGCAGUCCCAGAUAAUGGAAGGAGAUCCUGUCUAAAGCUUAAGGUCUUUGUGCGACCAGCAAACAGCUGUAUGAAAACUAUAGGUGUUCAUGAUCGUGUUUUCGAUGUUAACGACAAAGUAGAAAAUUCAUUAGAACCAGCAGAUGAUACUGUACAUGAGUCAGCAGAACCAUCCCGUGGUGAGAACGCGGCACAGACACCAAGGAUACCGAGCCGGCUUUUGGCAACUCUAUUGUUCCUCCUGGCAAUGCUUUUGAUAUUAUAGCACAGUAUGCUCCGGCAACCUGUCACAGAAAAUACGAGGGUCUUGGAACAUCAAAGAUCCACCUAACUCAUCAUCCCAGGAAAGGGACUUUAUUGUUUUUGCAGAUGUCAAAUUGUUAUUUUUCCCUUUUCCCUUUUCUUCUCCUUUUAGCCUGAACUCAGCAAAAAUUUGAAGGGGAUAACUAGCUUCAGCACCCACCCCUACCUACCCUUGACUUUCUUAACCCCUCCAUAUAAAUAAAAGGACUCCAAAUGAAAAUGCCAAACUAUGAUAGUGACACUAGUGAUUCUUAUUUUCCUCUGCAUUCUCUUUUAAGAAGUCACCUCUGUUAGCUCACUGUGUCAUCCAUAUGUGGAAAAGGAAGAACAGUGGCAGAUGCAGUCAGUGAAGGAUAAGGAAAGUGAGUUAAAGCCUGAAAGAGUUUUUCUCUGAUACAAUAUUUAUGCCUUCUCAUUCAGCACUAUAAGAUGAUCAUGCAAGGCAUUGUGUCACCAUGUCAGGACUGGAGGUGAAAUAUUAAGAAUAGAUAUAACACCAUUUCCUCCAGGAGUUUCUAAGUAAACAGGCUUCUACCAUGUUUCUUAUAGGACUGUCUUGAAACAUCUUUGACAGUGGAGUUUGUGCUCACGAGUAGAAAUGCAGUCUUUUGGUGAAACGAAGAAGUUCAUAUUUAGGAAUGUUAGCAAGCAGAAGGCAAGGUUGGAUUUAGGGAAACUUCACUGGGGGUGUGAGUGCCUCUGUUAUUUCGUUUUAAGGGGAUAUUGCACACCGGAUUAUUUUAUUUUAAAACAAAUCACCGUGGUGCUAUGAUUUUUUUCUUGAAAUGCAGAGGCACUUUUGAGAAUAAAGUGACCUUCCCCAGCACUGACUUAGUAGCUGAUAGCCUUGGAUGCUGCUCUGGGUGUCAGUACAUGCUAAGAGAGGAUGUAAGUGGCCUGAGAAAACCUGUUUGUGACACAGAAUCUCCAGUGCGCUCUUGAUUUGUCUCUCCUGCAAGUUCCUCAAUCAUGAGAACAAAACACACGUAGAAGAAACUAGGACAGUAGCAGCAUUGUUUGGUGGGGGGAAAGAAACGUGGACUAUGAAUUCAAGUGUUGAUUUUUUAUCUUUUCCCCUUCCAGCACAGUUUAAAGAGCAAAGGAAACGUGUUUAUCAGCCAGUGAUAAACUAGAUGGGCUCCCAAAGACUUAACAAAAUAUUUUUUUAAAAAUCCGCUAGAAUAGAAUAUGCAUUAUUUAGGUAUACUUUAUGCUGAGAGUAAGUAUAUAUGCUUGUCCUAUUUAAACAUGUGAGAGAAGUGGUAACCCUUGAUGCAAUUAGGAAAUGGGACUGUCUUAUUUGAUGGAAUUAGGAGUGACCCUGUUUAAGGAAUCUGAGCCUUGGCUAACACAGAACUUUAGAAAGUCAUUUGCCAGGAAGUGCAAGCCUUGGGAUAUUUUUUGGCUAGGCUGCCAUGAAACCUGGACUGCUAAGCAUAAUCUGGGAAAUAUCAGACCAAGACUGAAACAAAGCUUUUCUAACAAAACCUGCGAUAAUUAUGUUAAAUGAGAAACAAAACAUGAACUGGGUUUGAACAAAAUCAGAGUUUUCUGUAUUAAUUCUGAAGUCUGCUGUAACAAAAUUGAGCGAUACUAUUAAUGGACAGCACUUUGUGGGCUUUUUUCUUUUUAAUGGAGAAAAGCUUUUCAGAAGUUGAAGCAGCCCACUAUACAAAAGAAGAGGGGGAAAUAAAUUAAGAUGUAAAGGGAGGUUUGUGAGUGCUAAACUAUGAUCUGGGCUUGUCUGAUAUACGACAUUAGUAUAGGGCCUGUGCUUACAGGAGGAAUGUAGGAAAUGUCCUCUAAUAUGAAGCGCACGCAAUAAGAUUGUAUGCAGUACAGUAGGGGAAGUCAUCAUCUCACUACAGGCUAUCUGGUACGUUUCUCUCUUUAAUGUGUAUGUGAGUGGUACACACACUAGUAUCUCCAGCAGGUAGGAAUUAAAAGGCUUUGGAUGAGGUAAACUUAAUCAAAAUGCACCUUAUCAAAUGGAUUAUUAAACAGAGUACAGAUAAUAUUACAUUACUGGUAACCAUAUUAAAAUUGUUCAUAGCAAUUGCAGACAGUCAUACCAGUAGUGCCAAUUUAAUGUAGAAAUGAUGACUUCAUUUUUCAUUCUUUGCCUCUGAAGGAUGUUAGAGUUCAAGACAUAUGUUUAUUCACAGAACCUUGUAAGGUAGGUGAGGAGCACCGUCAGUGAUGCAGGGCAGAUCCCUGGGCUGCCUGACGGGGUGUGGCUGGGAACAUACCAAACACUGUCAGUUUGGUACUCGGUGGCAUCAGGCAAUCCCAGUCAUACCAAGUACAUAAACGCUGAUGGGCUUUGUAUUUCAUAUCUCUGUAUGCUUUAAAUGCACAUGUUGCUGCAUAUUAAUAGAGAUUUCUGCUCCUUUCCCCUUUAUCUGUCCCAGCUUGAGUGUGAGGGACUGAUUCUUCCUCAGCCUAGGUGGCUUACUUAUCUCCAAGACCUGUACUCCUGGCUGCCAAGGACAUUGCAAUGUGAAGCAGGGAAAAUAGGGAUCGGUCAGUUUAGUGGAUACUGUGUAUCCUUUAAUAGACAAGGUAACAUUUUGUGUUAGUUUAGAGUAUUGUUUUGUACUGUACUUACUUGGAUGGUGAAGGAAAGAAGUAAAACUUAAAGCUAUGUUCUUUAAAUUCUGUAUUAUUAGUAACCUCUGUUGUAUAUAGUGUUUGAUAAUAAAGUAUUAAUUUGAUUCUUA